AUGGUCCGGCGUGCGAGCGCGCAGCAGCCAGCAGAUAGCAGCAGCUGCAGCAUAGCAGCAGCAGCAAGCAGCAGCAGCACUGCAGCAGCAUCAGCAGCAGCUGCAGCAGGCUAGCAGCAGCAGAGCAGCACCAGCAGCUGCAGCAGCAGCAGCAGCAAGCAGCAUCAGCAGCAACAGCAGCAGCAGCCCAGAAGCAGUAGAGCAGCAGCAACAGCUGCAAGCUGCAAGCAGCAGCAACAGCAGCAGCAGCAACAGCAGCAGCAGCAGCAGCAGCAGCAGCAACAGCAGCAGCAGCAGCAGCAGCUGCUGCAGCAACAGCAACGCCAGCAACAGCUGCAAUCAGCAGCAGCAGCCAGCUGCAGCAGCAACACUGCAGCAGCAGCAGCAACUGCACAGCAGCCUCGCUGCAGAUGCGCAGCAGCAACAGCAAAGCAAAAAAACAGCAGCAGCAACAGCAGCAGCAACAGCAGCAGCGAGCAGCAGCAGCAGAAGCAGCAA